AACAAUUAGUAUUACCUCUGAUACACACGAACCGAAACAGUAAAUGAAACAAAUGUUCGUGUUGAAAAGACAUCAGUUGCAAAUAGUCCAUUAAACAUAACUCAACGUGAAAAUGAUUUCCAACGUGGCAAAGAGAUGUUUUAGUAGAGUAAUCAAAAGUUGGCGAAUAAUUUUAAAUUCAUUGAUAGCGAUGCUGUAUUGGGCGGUGAUUAUAAAGGGUUUGGAUUGGUAUCUACUGGGUUUUAAAUCAAUGACAGCCCACCAAUGGUUAUUAUACGUAUCAGCAACAUCAGUCACCAUCGGAUCAUGGGUGUUCUCCAAUCCCAAGCGCAGAUGGGUGAAAAUCUCAAGCGAAAUUUUAUGGUUUUCACUCAGCGAAUUCGCCAUAUUUUCGACAAUUAUAACGAAUCUGCUUUGGCUUCGCAGUCAUUUGACUCGCUUUUUACAGCCGAACAUUGACCUGGACGAAGAAAUAAGAAUGGGUCGCAUCGUCGUUUUGAUAUCACACGGCUACCACAUCGUCUUGUUUUCGGCAAUGAACACUGUUAUCCAUUCAAUGUACAUUUACCAUUUAGUUCGAGGUACCGAGAAGAAAGUAGCUGAAUACAUUGCUCCAAUCAGAGCCAUCUAUUGUGGUGUUGGAAUCACUCUAACAAUGGGAUUAACAUAUGUGAUGCUAUCACUGGCGCAGGCUGAUCUACCCAAAGUGGAUCUUAGUUUAGUUUGGAGUUUACUUUUUCUGAUGAUGAUGGUGUACAAAGCUGUACGAACUGCUGCAGGUGACUUGUGUCGAGGAAAAAAAAGCUCCAUAAUGGUCGUCCAUUUUCACUUCUGUCGUGUAUUCGGAUUGAUCCAUCUACUGUUUACGAUCGCUUACAUUAUAUUAGUCUUUGGAAUUGUGGAUAUGGCCGAACAAUUUGGUAGUGUAAUGGGUGAUAUGACAGGAGGACGUCCACUCCCGCUAAACGAAAUUUUCCCUAUAGCCUAUAUCUUAGGCUGUUGUGGCUUUGCCUCUCAACAACGAUAUCAAUACUACCUGUUGCGUAAAAUCGCAGCUUCUUCUGAAAUGCAGUUCAAGAAACGAAGAUGAUCAUCCCUACGCAGAGUGACUUUUCUUUGGUUUAAUUCUAAUUUAGUGUGUCAUGAUGAGAGUGGAAUGUGGGGGAGGUGAAAUGGUCGUUUUGUGAGAUUAAUCAUUGUUAAUAUAAGUCAAAGCAUCAAUGUGACAAAAAUUUAUUGUAAUAUUAGGUUUGAUAAUUU